CAGUAGGGAGGGCGUACUUAUGUAAAUCCCCAUUCGUCAUUUCAUAUAUUAUUCCAAUGUAUUGCAACCAAACCUGCAGUUUUUGUUUAGUUGUCUUCAAUCUUUCCAAAGUAAACAAACGACAAAAUGUGUGAUACGGAAGCUAAGAAAAUACUUUUUGUGUGCAUAGGAAACACCUGUCGAUCACCUAUGGCAGAAAGUGUAAUGCGUGAUCUUGUUCGAAAGAGUUGUCUUAAUUGGGAAAUCGACAGUGCAGGUCUUCGUUCAUGGAAUGUUGGACGAACUCCUCAGGAGCGAUGUGUUAAAGUUUUAGCUGAACAUGGUUUGAAAACUAGUCAUUUGGGAAGAGAACUUGAAGAAAAUGAUUAUCAAACUUUUGAUUAUAUCUUUGGGAUGGAUGAUAUGAAUAUAGAAGAACUCAACGAGCGAUCACCACCAAAAUGCAAAGCUAAAAUUGAACUUCUUGGUUCAUAUAUUGGCAGGAAAGAGGAUGAAAUAAUUGUUGAUCCAUAUUUUGAACAUGGAAUAGGUGGAUUUCGAAGGUGCUAUGAGCAAAUAUACACCAGCUGUAAAAACUUUUUGGCAACACAGAUUUAAAGAGAGUACUUUUUUGUUUUCAUGACACAAUAUUUUGUAAUCGAAUUUAUGCCUACAUUAAUGGAUAAAUAAAAAAGUUAGCUUUUAAAUAAAA